GCCGCCCAGGAACCGGGAUGCAGCGGCGUGCGCCGCCCGAGACGCCCCGGCGCGUGCAGAACCCCUUCGAGAGCCCCGGCGACGUCCGCCGCCUGCAGGAGCAGACCGUGGGCAGCCCCUCCGCCUUCCGCGCCGCCCCGCCCGCGGGGAGCCCGGGGCGGUUCGGGUGGUCCAUUGAUGAGCUGGCGCUGAUCGACCCGGUGGAGAUCGACUCCGAGGACAUCCGCCGCCAGGCCUUCUACCUCAGCCAGGCCAGGGUCGACGGGGAGGUCGAGGAGCGGAGGCAGAGGGCGAUCGAAGAGUUUUUCACCAAAAGCAUCAUUGUUCCGUCCCCCUGGACCGAUCCUGUCGGGAAACAGGCUUCUCAGCUGAAUUCAACCCGGUGUGUUGAUCUAAACGACGCUUCACCGGUCAGCCGAGAGAUAAUCGUGCAGCCUGGGAAAAAUAACGCUGCUUGCCAGACUGUAUUAUCUCUACCUGUGGAUUUUGACAUGGAGAAAAUACUGGGGGACUAUUUCAAAGCCGAUGAACUGGCCAACCAGUCUCAGGAGAGCUUGAGCACUUCCUCCCUGAGGAGAAAGCUCUUCCUAGACGAGAACGGCAGCCUCUCCUCGGAGGACCCGUCCACUUCUCCGAGCCCGCGCAAUGCCCCGGUCUCACUCGGGGUCCUCUGCUCCAUCGACCUCUCUCCAGUGCGCUGCAGAAGCCCUCUGAGUUCGUCCAGCUCAGGCCAGCUUUCUUCUAGCCCCAUCCAGGGGAACGUGAGGGCAUUCAGCCUGGGCAGCCUGCCGAGCCCUUCCUUUGCAAACAGAAGUCCAGCGGGCCUUGCUUCCCCGGCUUUCUCUCCGGUCGGCAUCCAGCUGAGGAAGACGCCGCUGGCCGACCAAAGACAGUUUACUUUUCGCUCUCCGGAUCUUCCUUCUGCUUCAAGCGCCUGCCGUCCAGCUCUCGCCAGCUCCAGGAGCCCCCACGUGGAAUGCUCCCCGCUGAGAGGCCACUCUCCGGUGAGGCUGCUCUCCUGCCGGGGAGCCGCGCUGUACCAGAGCGCCUUCCUUCGCCUCCCCUGCACCCCGGAGAGCCUCCAGGAAGAGCUGGCAGAAGGGGCCGAGGACUCGUCCACGGGGAGCCCCAGGGUGCACCCACCCCCUCCGAGCGGGGAGGUCUCCUCCAGUGGGCCCCUCUUGGCGGUGGCCGCGGUGUCUCUCCCGUCAGAUCCCCCCGAGACCGGCCCAGAAGGGUCAACGCCAAGGUCCAGCUUGGACUGUUCCAGGGAGAACCGGACGGUGGAUAUGGUGGACCCCGAGGUGCUGGACGAGAACCUGGUGCAGGGAUCGGCUGAGAGCCAGGCGGUGCCCGUGGCUGGCCUGAGCAUGGAGGGCUCCUGUAUCUGCCUGGCUCCUCUGGCCGAAAGCAGCACCUCCCCCUGCGAGAGCAGCAGCCUGCAGACGGACAGUGGUUACAAUACCCAGGCCUAUACCAGUAGUCUUAUGGAUGCAGGUGGAGCCGAACUCAGCUGCAGAGAACAGGGUGCACGUGAGGCUCGGAAAAAGAAUCACAUUUUCAGAAUGAAGGGAAAAUCCAAAACUGGAUACUGGGCUGAAAACGCUUGUCAACCCGGCAGCGCCCUCCUACCAGAGGUGCCUUUGCCAAAAUGAUCCAAGCCGGCGCAGAUCUGCUUUCACUGGGAUCUGCAGAGAGACCGUCCGCUGCAGAGCUGGAGGUCUGACCUGAGAGAGCCGGUCAAAGAGUGGACUGGCCCAGUCGCCCU